AUGUCUAAGCAGGGUACAGUCGUAGAGCAAAAGCAACUCUUCCUGCAAUCCCGAAAGCACUUCUUAUCGCGUGGAAUAACACCUUCGGAACGAUUGUUGCGCAUCGCAGACGACAAUGGCAUCGAGCUCGGCGUACUGAAAGGCGUUUUAGAUAAAGUGAAUCGCAACUUGAAACAACACUCCCGCAAAGUCUACUCCCGUCAAAUGAUCGAGCACGUCGUCGAGCAAAUCGACACUUUAUACUGGGAGGCCGGCGCCCAGUCCAUACCCUCUGACAACGAAGACGAUACAGAAGUAGAUCUAGAGGAAGGAUCAAAUAUACUCUACCAGUCCGACGACCUCACCCUCGACACCAACAUUGCCAAAUUGCCCUCCACCUUCCCCUCCUCCUCUUUAAGCAAAGUAUCCCAAGACGACUACCUUGCCAUGCUCACCCGCCUCCAAGACCUCUCCGCACAACGACAAACGCUUCAAAAUCGCCUAAAUACCUAUCGCACACUGCUUUCGCUCCUAGAACCGUAUCGCCAGCCAAGGGAAAAGAUACAGCCGAACUUGGUGUGGAAGGAUGCACCUCUAGCACCAGAGUUGGCGAAGACGAGGACCUUGGCGGUCAGGGUGGCAGGACGGGUGGCGGAGCGGUUCGGUGAAGUGCAGGUUCCUGCUACGGCAGAAGAGGAAGACGGUGAUGUUGAUCUAGGGGGCUUAGAGGAGAGAAGGGCAAGGGUUGAGAGGGUGCUUGGGAGUUGGUGA